GAUGGUGUUGGGAACCCAUCAAAGACCACCUAAACAGGAGAGCUUGGAGAAGGUAACUCUUGAUAAAAACACGGAUACCCUAUCUUCCACUUUCUCUGCUUCGGAAAGACCAACUUGUAUACCAAGGAUGGGUCUAAGAGGUCUUUUCAACUCGGGAAAUACUUGUUACUGUAAUGCAGCUUUGCAGGCUUGUCUCUUACACAAUCCCGCUACGUUACUGUACGCACUAGAGUGCAAGGCGUUCUAUAAGGAUCUUCUGAAGCACGCUUGCAAUAGAGGUAAGAUCAGCAAGAAUAAAGAAAAUUUCUUUUUGCCUAUGAUGGGGACAAUGAACUUGUUACAGAAAUUUGCUACAACAGAAGUAGCUCCGUUAUACCCAAGAGAGUUGCUUGUAUCGGUUCGCUCCAACAAUGUAGAGUUUGCUGGUGGUGUGCAACAUGAUUCCUCUUUGUUUCUCAAGUAUCUUUUGGAAUGUUUGCAUGAAUCUACCAAGCAACUAUUAUCAGACCCUAGAGAAAGAAUUGAACAGUUAGAGGGUCAAAGAGAAGACGAUAGUGAUGAAGAAGAGUGGAUGACCGAAGAGGAGAAGCAGGCUUGUCCUUUAUGGAGUCCGCCUACCGAUUAUUAUGAAAGAGAAGUUUCAUUUGUAUCGGAAAUCUUUCGAGGGAGAUUAUUGAAUGAAGUAAGUUGUCAUGGCUGUGGUCAUGUUUCUCGAAGAAGAGAAUUAUUCUGGGACCUUGCAGUAGAAGUACCCUAUGGAAAGCGUUCGAUUCAUCAUUUUCAGAAUGCAGCUACUCAAUUUCGAAAUGACCAAAGUUUUGAUAGUACUGAAUAUUGUGCUUCAGAAUCACAUAGGAUUGUUCCCCGAAAGCGAGCCAAUUCGAGUUUAGGUAUCAGCUUCGGUAACAGCAAUAACCAUUUCAGUCGUGUGGAUAGUUUUAGCAAUAGUCAAUGGCUUGGUUGGCUCUUAAGUCCUUUUCGGGAUACUAUUGACUUGAGAACCAUUUUGUGUCAUUUCUUUGUUCCGGAAGAUAUUGUCAAGUCCGAAUACAAGUGUGCAAAAUGUCGCAAGUCUCAACAGAUAAUCUCUCGAAAGAGUUCUUUAAUAGAACUUCCGGAAACUUUGAUUAUUACUUUGAAGCGUUUUCGAUAUGAAGGAAAUCGAGGUUUUAAAGUUAGUACUCAUGUGCAAUUCCCAUUGGAUGAUUUAGAUCUUGGAAAGUUUUUGGCGGUGGAUGCAGUUUAUGAAAAAAAGAAUCGUUCAACACGAUAUUAUCUCGGAGGUGUAGUGUGCCACAAAGGCUCUUUAUUUAGUGGUCAUUAUAUUGCUUAUGUGAAACUUCCUCCUGUAUCACCAGCAACUUUAUCACAUUGGUAUGAAUUUGAUGAUGCUUGUGUUCGACAAAUUUCUGCUAAUGAAGUACAAAAUGCUUCCUCGCAAGCGUAUGUAUUGGUAUAUUAUAAAUAUUCAUUAGAAACGACCGAACAAGUAAGAACAAAAUGGAAGUUGAAUUUUCCGACUAUUUUAUCAUCUUCAUUGCGUUGUAUAUUGGAUCCCAAUGAAAGUUCAUUAGAUAAUACUACAUUUCAAUAUCUUGUAUCUAGACUUUGGAUUUGGCGUUUAUCUAGUUUUAGUCAUCCUAGUUCCAUAAGUAAUGCAGUGGAUUUAUUAUGUCCUCAUUCACAUAUAUCUAAUGAACAAGUAUGGAAAGACAAAUGUUACAGAGUGGAAGAGUCCUUAUGGAAGGAAUUGUACUCUUGUUUUGGUGGUGGUCCUUGUCUUUUAUUGGACAAUGUGACUAUUGGCUGUGAUGAAUGUUUAUGUAGAUUACGUCACUUAGAACAACGUAGAAAGGAAGAAAAGGAGACAGUGGAGAAUUGGAGUCAGUGGGAGGAUAACGGCAUUUGGUAUUUGAUAGAUGCUCAAUGGUUCAAUCAAUGGCAACAAUUUUGUAUGGGAUAUGAAAUAGAACCACCGGGACCCAUAACAAAUGGAAGGAUUAUAAAGGAGUGAAUGCUGCAGUUUGGAACUUUUUGCAACAAAGAUACGGUGGUUAUCCCGAAAUUAAACGACAUAAAGUGGAUAUCUAUUCUAGUGCUGUGACAUAAAGUCAAUCUUUUCUAU